AAUCAUUUUAUUUAUUUUUGCAGUUUUCUGUGAUUUCUGGAAGAUAAGUGUUUUAGCCCGAUAAGAGUGGUCAUGGUGUCAGAGUGUGAAACGAUUGAUUUGCACAUGGCGAUUCAAAAUCGUGACGUGGAGAAAGUCAAACAGUUAUUGGCGACUGGUGAAGAUCCAAAUCAGCCUGAUUAUCGACGAAAUGCAGAAAUUCCGCUGUUGGAAGCUGCGGAAACCGGUGAUGUUGACCUCGUGAUUGCCAUGAUUGAAGGCGGAUGUGAUACAAACGUACGAAAUUGGCAAGGAGAAACUGCGUUGCACUUCGUCACUCGUCAGCGACAUCCCAAUGUUGAAAUUCUCAAGGUUUUGCUCUACGCAGAGGCUGAUCAGUCAUUGACAGACAACGUUUCCGGCUGGAGCCCGUUGCAUCACACACUCAAGCAUUUUUCAGCCUCAAAAACAAAAGAAGAACUGUCGAAUUUGAAACAAUGUGUGGAUUUAAUUGCGUGUGCCAAGAACGUUAAUAAGAAGACGAAACGGAGUCAGACGGCGCUACAUCUUGUCGCCUUGUCCGGGAUCGACGAUACGGAACUCAUCGAAAGCCUCCUGCGUGUCGGUGCUCAGCCGAAUGUCUUCGAUGAUGAAGGCGCCUCGCCACUUAUGCUGGCGACUGAACGGAAUUGUCCUCGUCUUGUUAGACUUCUACUACAAAACGGAGCAAAUCCAGAGGCUACCAACAGGUACAAAGAAACGGCGCUACACGUUGCCGCGAGACGAAAUUUAGUUACCGUAGCUGAAGAACUGUUGAAAGCGGAUCAAGGGAAGAUGAUCAAUGCGGAAGAUUUGGACGGUUGCACUGCGCUGCACCUGGCCGCAGGCAGAGGUUACCGGGAAAUGUUGACGUUGCUGUUGCGAGCCCCUCACGUCGACGUGAAUGCCGUCAACGACAACGGUUACACCGCUUUGCAUAUCGCUGUCGAAAGCGGAUUCACAAACGUUGUCACUCUACUCGUUAAUGUGAAGGAAUGUGACGUGCGUCGGCUGACGAAGCGUCGAUUGAGUGCCAUGGAUCUGGCGAAUUCGAGCACGAGACAAUAUUCCUCGCCGACUGUGAGUGAAGUUCUGAACAACGCUUUGGAAACGUCUAGCGGUACUGUUUCCUUGGCUGACUCCAUUGAAGAAGUGUCGGAUCCAGUCGGUUUCCGACUGAAUUUUCGAGAUAAGCUGUCGACUUACCACAAGUUGCUUCGAAACUUUGCUCGGAUAGCAGCUCCAUCCAUUUUUAACGAGCUCCGAGGCAGUUUCUGUGGUACGCAUCAUCAUUGCAGCACAUCAGACUCCGUUCAGUUACUAUGUGUGCCGCAUACGGUGACUUUCGAUGCUGGGCAUUUUGUCAAGAAGUGA